CGCAGACUUUAGGUUUUCCUCGUCGUAAAUUUAGUAAGAGAAGAGUAUGUAAAAAGUAUGUAAUAAGAGAGAAGAAAUACACAACAUCCGAUCCACUUAAUACAUAAUCAGCCACAGGACUGAAGGUUCUGUUGUGCAGGAUGAGCAGGGGAGGAACGGGGGAGGUCGCCCCAGAGGAGGACGACGACAUUCAAUUCCUCAAGGAUUUGGAGGAAGCGAAACGACGAAGUCUGGACUCUUUCAGCACCGAGGUGCAAAGGUGGUCAUCCCCAAAGGAUCACACUCCUCCUGCGGCAGGGCCAUUUUCCGUGAUGUCGAAGCCUUACACACCUCCUGCCCUCCACCCACCGCCCAUCGGAUUCAUGGUGCCGCAAUGUCUCAAAGUUUUAGCAAAUAACGGGAACAACAUUGGUACUGACGUUCCGCAGCAAUCUACUGUGACUAGAAGCCAGUCUUAUCCAUUUGGACAAUUUGGGGGAGUGCAACAAAAUCUGGGGUUUCCUCAGAUACCGGCAAACAAUAAUAGUGUAGUUCCAACUUAUGGGUUAUAUCCGCCCAUUUCAACGCUGCAGAAUAAUGCGACAACGACGACCGUCAAACAUGUUAAUCAUUUCCAUCAACCACAACAGCAGAUCCCACCGAGUCAACAGCAGUUACCUUUUAGUUCAAUGAGUAGUAACAAUGUGGGGUUUAAUUUCAUUUCCACCUUCAGACCACCACCUACAUUGCCUCACCAAAACAAUCAUCAGCAAAAAUACCAAUCUCCUCCCCCUCCGCCAGUUUCAUAUUUUAAGAAUAAUGAUAAUGUCAGUAGACGAAAUAGUUGCUCAUCCUCCUCCUCAUCCUUCUCUCCUGCUGUUCCAGUGGAACUGCCCUCAUACAAGAAGGGUGGACAAAGAAAUGGGAAUUUGUACAAAAAUUUGGAGGAUGAAAUUCGCGAUCUCAUUGAUUUAGGGCAAGAUGAUGGAAGAAAUGUUUUGGAAGCUUUCGAUCCAUUGUUUGACAAACCAAGUCUGCAGCAGCAGCAACAACAACAGUACCAUGAAGAACAGCCACAAAUUGUCCCUGAAUUGUCACCACCACUACCACCUUCAUCCACCACCCAACAACAACAACCUCCCACCGCCAACAAAGGGACGACCAGUAUACGAGAUGAUAUGACUACCAGAAGUAGUAACGUGUUAGCUGAAACGACUUCAACCACUACUCCUGAAACCGACCAAAGUGGUGGACCUAGCAGCCUUAUGUCGACGAAAUCAAUGUAUGGGUGGAAAUCGGACAUUUCGCUCUACCCGAGUUUAUCCACUCCCACCUCGUAUGACACACUCCAGUCCUCCAGGGUGGGGUCUGAUGCUGGAGACGCCGCUUCAAUCCUAUAUGACGCUUACAAUCAGUUUGAGUACCUGUACCAAGUUUCCAUUUCCUCCGAAAGCUCAAGUUUCUACUGGCAUCCUAAUGAUGCAUCCCCCUAUUCAAGUGGGGCCCCUCCGUCCCCCUCAAGACCCUCCGAUUAUGUGUCCUCGCAGUCAGUAAGGGCCGCCAAGGCUGGGAGACGCUCUAGUGAUAGUGUUAAAGGAAGAUGCAGCAAGUUGUACGAAGAUAUUACAAGUUUAAAGAAAAUAGCUCAAAACGAUGGGGAACUCAUUGCAUUUGUCGACAUGCUCCAACGCUUAAAAUUAUCUGUAAGAAUGGCUCGAACAAAGGAUAGACACUCUUAUAUCAAAUCCCCUACAGCCCCAUCUCAAUGUUGGGCUGAAGGUCUCAGCUUGAAAAUCGUCGUAUGGAACGAGACUUUCACAACGGAGCCCGUCACUUUCACGUGCGACGUGGUUUCCGCCUUGGUAGAAGUCGUUGUGGUUCAAGCGCUCACAAAAAUGCAAAUCGAAGAAGACUGCGGCGGAGUGAAUCAUGUCUUUCGUGUGAAGGGAUUCGACGAAUAUUUAGAUUCAGGACAUUACCUCAUCGAUUUCCGAUAUAUCCAAGAAUGCAUAAAAUUUGAUGAAGAUGUCCGAUUGGUGCUGGUAAAAAAAUCUUCGUUGGCGAAAGGAGUUUGGGCUCGUCCAAAGGUGGACGACAGCGUGGAAACUAUCAUCUUACCGGAAGAAAUCAUGCCCACGUGCAACUCCAAAGUCAUUACUUUUACAGAAAUUGCCAAGUUUUUAGAAGUUAUUGAUAGAGAAUCGGAAAAAUUGAACGAUAAAGUGAACGAGUGCGUCACGGGACCCGUCGUUAACCCAACGCCAUUGAUGCAAACAGUAAAAGGAAUUUGUGUUCUACUCGGGGAUGUACAAACAGUUGAAAUACGAAGAAGUUUAGAGGCUUUCAUCUCUGCAUGUGAUAAUUUAAAUGCAGAGGUUCAAAAACUCAGUGCAGGUCCAACGCUGCAAUCCAAUCGACGAACGGUGAUAGGAAACGAUUUAAGUUCUCGCCAUUCCUACGUAGAAAUAGUGAGGGAAGAGAAAACGCCAUUAGAGACUCGGAAAGAAUCCGUCCAUAGUACCAAAGAAACCGUUAUAGAUUCAGUGAGGAUGUUGGUGGAAAUGUACUCAAAAUCCUUUCCAGUCAGUUUUAAGAUGAACUCUUUGUUAGAGUCGUCAACUCCUGGGGCAGAUUGUGGUCCUAAGACAAUGUCAGAAAUGCUGGAACCAUUCUUAAUUCGCAUUAGUACGCUCCAUCGAGUCAAGCCUGAAUGGUGUUCAACCUACUUGGAUUUCUUUGUCGGUAUUGAAGUCUUUCAUGGAACGCGUCUUAUGGGAAAGCAAACCUCGCCAAUUUCUACUUUGACCAAUGUUGACGAUCAUUUGUUUUUUACCACUGUGAUAUUUGAUGUUUGGGUGGAUUUCGAACAUUUGCCUAUUUGUAUUUUACCAAGAGAGUGCAGAUUAGUGUUCACAGUGUACGGGAGACAUAUGAACGAAAGUGGGGAUAUACAUGAAACGAAAGAGUUGGGAUGGGCAAGUAUCCAAUGUUUUGAUUUCCAAGGUUUUCUAAUCAGAGGAAAUCAACUGUUACCACUUUGGCCUGUUGGAAUGCCUCAAAAACGCUUGGGUCCUGCUCCGAAUUCUGCAUUCUCUUAUGAUCUCAACGUUCCUCUAAUAACAAUUGAAUUCCCUGAUUUUGGCCGCAGUCUAAAAUUUCCAGAAAUUCCAUCAUCAAAUCAUGUCACCAGAGAUUUCCAGUCACUCGACAUCAACACGCAACUUCAACUCAAGGAUAUUAUUGAGACAACGACAUUCACAAAGUUUCCAGCAGACGAGAGGGAAGUAUUGUGGGAGAAACGGCACUAUUUGCAAACUUAUCCCACAGCUCUUCCCAAAGUUCUUUUAUCUGCACAAUUUUGGGACUUUGCCAGUUUGAGUGAACUGCAUAGAAUGAUGGAAAACUGGGCUCCUUUGUCACCAUUAGAAGCACUACAACUUCUUCUGCCGUGUUUUCCAGAUGCAAAAGUGAGACAUACUGCAAUCAAAUGGAUAAACGAAAUGUCCGAUGAAGAUUUGAUCACUGUUCUCCCCCAACUAGUCGAGGCCCUAUCCUACGAAACGUUUGACUUGUCUCCCUUGGCAGAAUUUGUUUUGAAAAAAUCCCUCUUCCGGUUUGAAAUAGCUCAUUCUCUCUUUUGGAACUUGGUCUCUGAAGUCGGAUUGGGUAAAUGGGGCGUGGAUUCUGAAGUUUUUACAGUGCAAUUUAUAAACCCUCGUCACUCUGAUGAUGACACGGAUCCAAGAAGGAGACGACUAGAACUGAUGAGAAAUUCGCUGAUGACAAUUUCUUACCACAAAUGGAGGUCGGCUUUGAUUUCGGAAUUUAAACUUAUGCAGGGGCUGUGUGACGUCACCCACUUGGUUAAAUUGGCCCAACCUUCUCAACGAAGUUGCACCAUGUUGCAAGAGUUAAAACGGAUGGACGUACAAUUAUUUGGGGGCCAGACGACAUACUCUCUCCCACUUUCUCCUACCUACAUGGUCACUUCCAUGGACGUAGAGACUUGCAUCUGCUAUAAUUCAGCUUCCGUACCGCUCAAAAUAAAUUUUAAAAGUGCACUUCCAGAAGGUGGCAUUAUCCCAGUCUUAUUUAAGCAAGGAGAUGAUAUUCGACAAGAUAUGUUGACCAUCCAAGUUAUACGUAUGAUUGAAACUUGGUGGCUCAAAGAAGGACUCGAUCUACGAGUAGUUACUUUUACCUGCGUCCCAACAGGGUUUAAGCAAGGUGUUGUCGAGAUUGUGUCAAAUGCUGAAACAUUGUGCAAAAUUCAAGCCGACUAUGGUGUUACCGGAGCUUUCAGAAAUCGUCCGAUUUCAGAAUGGCUUGCAAAAAUGAAUCCUUCUACUUUGGAUUACCGAAGAGCCGUUGAAAACUUCACCCGCUCGUGUGCUGCAUAUUGUGUCCUCACAUACAUUCUAGGAAUAUGUGAUCGACACAACGACAACAUCAUGCUGACAACCAAAGGCCACCUCUUUCAUAUCGACUUUGGGAAAUUCUUAGGCGAUGCACAAAUGUUUGGAAGUUUUAAACGAGAUAGAGCACCAUUUGUGCUUACAUCAGACAUGUUAUUUGUUAUCAACGAUGGAGAAAAGGUGUCACAAAGAUUCCACAAAUUUGUGGAACUAUGCUGUCAAGCCUUCAAGAUAGUGCGACAAAAUGGGGACGUAUUGAUGAAUCUAUUUGCAAUGAUGGCAACUGCAGGAAUUCCUGGCGUGGACAUCAAAUCCGUCGCUUACAUCCAGAAUGCACUCUUACCUGAUUGUUCAAAUGUCGAGGCUGCUGCAAGAUUUACACGAUUUAUCGAGGAUUCUUCCAAAAACUGGUUCACUUCUGUGAACUUCUUCAUCCACAGCCUUGCCCAGUUACGAUUUGCCUCUGACAGUACAGAUAAUCCUGCAACACUCACGUUUAUGCCAAAAAUGUAUAACAUUGAUAGUGAAGGCCGGAUUGAGUCAGUGACGAUUGUAGACUUUGAGAAAAAAUACGAUCCAGAAAAAUACUAUUCAUACUCGGUUAAGGUCAAAAGAAAGGAUAUAAAUCAGCCAUCAUUUGUCAAUAGAACUUAUAAACAAUUCCUGGAACUGUAUUCGAAACUGUGCAUGAAUUUCCCCAUGGCCAUGCGUUCUCUCACCGUUCUUCCAAGAAGUUCAGGGAUUGGAAGGUCAAACGUAAAACAAGUUGCAGAGAAACGGACGGCACUCUUACAAUCCUUCCUCGAGUCUCUCUUUUUACUAGCUGACGAAAUUGCUCAUUCUGAUCUAGUAUACACUUUUUUCCAUCCUUUACUUAAAGAUGAAGAAUAUCACGGCCAAGAAGAGCGAGAUAUUCUAGCCGCGGAAAGUUUACUUAGUCCCGUCAAAAUCCACGGUCGGAUCAAGGCAUGUAUUCAGUAUUCAAAAGGCGCUCUGUUGGUGCUAGUACUUCACGCCUUCGACUUGGCGUGUCCAAACGGACAGCCACCAUCUGCUUACGUUAAAAGCUACUUACAACCAGACACUUCACGACUUACGAAACGCAAAACUCGCGUUAUAAAACGUACUCAACAUCCAACAUUUAUGGAAAUGAUCGAGUACAGACUGCCAUUGGAUGUAGUGCUUCGGAGAAUUCUCCAGUUAUCCGUAUGGCAUCACGACCCACUGCAAGAAAACAGUUUCCUGGGGGGCGUAUCCAUCCCAUUAAAAGGAUUUCCUCUCGAGAAAGAGACUACUGAGACGUUUAUUUUGGGGAACUUGACAGUCACCCCAUAAAAAACUAGAUAUUUAUAUUGUUAUUAUUAUCAUAACCCUGCCUUAAUCGUUACAUCAACCAUCGUGUGUGUUGAUGAAAAAUUUAUAAUGUUUCACAUUCAAAAGUAAUAAAAUAUAUUUAGAGAUUCGCCUCAAC